AUGAACACCCAUGUUUUCUUGACCGGUCGUGUUUUCGGCCUCACAAAAGAGCAUCGCCAGUUAGCUAUCGUUACGGAUGAUAUACAUUUUCUCCCAACACAAAAUCACCAGUUGCCCGCUACUCCUCCCGCUACUGGUAAACGGAAGCGCGUGGACCGUUGGUCUCAAAGAGCCGGCCCACAAACGCCCACCAAAUCGGCUGCAAGGCCACAGACCGAGUCCCUUCCUAUCACGUACCAGUCCCAGGAUCCCACUCAAAUAAUUGCGCCUGGUGACGACGAUGAGGAAGACGCGCAAAUUACAUGGCCAGACACGCCCGAAGAAAUCAAAGCCUCGUCGCGGACUACCACCCCAGUUCCGGAGAGGCGUUCCCAACGACCACGUAAGACAUCAUAUGCCGAUAUACUUGCACAAUCGAAAUACGACACCUGA